UACGUCCCUCGUGGAGCCGGACGACGUCAGCAGCAGAAUGGUAACAUUGUUGCGAUGAUGAGGCGGAGAGUUUAGAGACGCGUCCCGCUUUGGCUGGGGUGGGCGGGGGCUGGCCUUGGAGACUGGGGCUGACACACUGACCCGACCCUACAGAUCUCCGGACGGCGUCCGCUUCUUGCCCUUCCCCACUGUUCGCUGAGGCGGGACUACGUGGGGCCCUCUGUUUCCCUGACGGGAAAGGAGCGGCGAGCAGCGGAGCGGUGGGCGGCGGCGGCCGGAGAGGAGCGAGUUGCCGCAGCGCUGGCGCUUGUAAACAGAUCCUAUCACACGUGACCAUGUGAACUACCUGCUUGGGCGACGCGUAUUGUCUUUCUCGGCGGCCGGAGCCGAGCAACCGCCGCCGCCGUCUCGCGCGCCACAAAGAGCGCGGCCAAGCCCCGGGGCCGCGAGCGCUUGUGCGCGAGACCGAGCGCGGGCGCGACCCGGACUCGCUCCCCCAGUCCUCCUCUUGCUCUAAGAUGGCUGAUGGUGGCCGGUGAGGGGGGCGGCCGGGGCCGGUGAGUUUCUCGGAGCAGGGCGGGGGAGAGGGAAAGGGGCAGCCGGGAGCCCCGGCCCCGCCGCGCCAAGGGGGAGACCCAGCCAUGUCGUUCGCGGUAGAGGAGACGCUGGAAUCGGAUUGGGUGGCUGUUCGGCCGCACGUCUUCGAGGAACGGGAGAAGCACAAGUUCGUCUUCAUCGUGGCCUGGAACGAAAUCGAGGGCAAGUUUGCCAUAACCUGUCACAACCGCACGGCCCAGCGCCAGAGGAGCGGCUCCCGGGAGCCGGCGGCCGUCCGAGGGUCAGCGGAGGCCGGACCCCCGCCGGACAGUCCGGGUCCAAGGAGCGCCGGCGGCAGCCCGACCUCAAGAGGCCGGGGGGAGCCGGCGGCUGGCCGGAGGAGCCCCAGCUUGCGGCGGAGCCCGGCCUGGGCUGAGGGCGGUGCGGCGCGAAGCGCGCACCCGCGGGGGGAUGCCUUACUUAGGGGCCCCGCGGCUAAAGCUGGGGAUCCGACGCGGGCCCAGGCCAGCCCGAGCAGGAAAGCCCUGGGUAAGCGGGACGCGGCGGCCCCGGGGGAGGCGCCCGGUCCGUCGUCUGUGCGGGUGGUGAGCGCGUCUGGCGGGGCUGCCGAGGAGAUCGAGGUGUUGGAGCUGGUGAAGGAGGACGAGGCGGCGCCGACGCUCCUGGAGCUGCCUGAGCCCGAGCCGCCCGCGGAGUUGGACUCGCCCCCCGAGGAGUGCAGCUGGGCCGGACUCUUCUCCUUCCAGGACCUGCGCGCCGUCCACCAGCAGCUGUGCUCCGUGAACUCGCAGCUGGAGCCCUGCCUACCCCUCUUUCCAGAAGAGCCCUCCGGCAUGUGGACUGUGCUGUUCGGAGGAGCCCCGGAAAUGUCCGAGCAAGAGGUGGACAGCCUUUGCUACCAGCUCCAGGUCUACCUGGGUCAUGCUUUGGACACCUGCGGCUGGAAAAUUCUUUCCCAGGUUCUUUUCACUGAGACCGACGACCCGGAGGAGUAUUACGAGAGCCUCAGUGAGCUGCGGCAGAAGGGCUACGAGGAGGUGCUGCAGCGGGCCAGGAGGCGCAUUCAGGAGCUGUUAGAAAAACAUAAGAACACAGAAAGUAUGGUGGAACUACUUGACCUAUAUCAGAUGGAGGAUGAAGCUUAUAGCAGUCUUGCAGAAGCUACAACUGAAUUAUACCAGUACUUAUUACAGCCAUUUCGAGAUAUGCGGGAACUUGCAAUGCUGAGAAGACAACAAAUAAAGAUUUCUAUGGAGAAUGAUUAUCUGGGGCCCCGUAGAAUUGAAAGUCUUCAAAAAGAAGAUGCUGAUUGGCAGCGCAAAGCUCACAUGGCUGUGUUGUCUAUUCAAGAUCUCACUGUCAAAUAUUUUGAAAUAACAGCUAAGGCUCAAAAAGCUGUAUAUGAUAGAAUGAGAGCAGAUCAGAAAAAAUUUGGUAAAGCAUCAUGGGCAGCAGCAGCUGAGAGAAUGGAAAAACUUCAAUAUGCAGUUUCAAAGGAAACUCUCCAGAUGAUGAGAGCUAAAGAAAUCUGUUUGGAACAGAAGAAACAUGCAUUAAAAGAAGAGAUGCAGACUUUGCAAGGUGGCACAGAAGCCAUUGCCCUUUUGGAUCAGUUAGAAGCAGAUUAUUAUGAUCUCCAGCUUCAGUUAUAUGAAGUACAGUUUGAGAUCUUGAAGUGUGAGGAGUUACUACUAACAGCUCAACUUGAAAGCAUCAAGAGACUUGUGUCAGAAAAGAGAGAUGAAGUAGUGUAUUAUGACACAUACGAAAGCAUGGAGGCAAUGCUUGAAAAGGAAGAGAUGGCAGCAUCCCUACAUCUACAGAGGGAAGAGUUGCAGAAACUACAGCAGAAAGCUCGGCAAUUGGAAGCAAGACGUGGGCGUGUUUCAGCCAAGAAAGCCUACCUCAGAAACAAAAAGGAAAUCUGUAUUGCAAAGCACAGUGAAAAAUUCCAGCAGCGUCUUCGAAGUGAAGAUGAAUACAGGACACAUCAUUCAGUACAACUAAAGAGAGAAAAGUUACAAGAUGAAGAAGAAAGAAAAAGCACUUGGGUUAGCCAAGAAAGACAGAAGACUUUAGACAGACUUCGCACAUUUAAACAGCGAUACCCUGGACAGGUCAUACUUAAAUCAACCAGACUUCGACUAGCUCAUGCAAGGAGAAAAAGUGUUGCUAGCCCAGCAUCCAGUGUGGAUCAGCCUCAGUCCCUACCGGUCACCCUAAAGGCAGAAGAGAAAACUGAAGAGGGGGAACAAGGAAAAGAGAUGCUUCAAUCUUUACAAACCAAGGAAGCUCAGAGACUGGCACAGCUUGAAGAGCCUUCAUUAGCACAACUUGAAGCUACUUCAUUACCUCCCAGUGGUGUUACCUCUGAACUGCCUCACAUUGCACCUCUUCCACUUCUUACUGAUAAUGACCUGACGCCAGGUACUGUUACUGUUGUCCCACUCCCACCACCUCUUCCUCCAAGUCCUCCACCGCCCCCGCCUCCCCCACCGCCCCCACCACCGCCACCCCCUCUACCUACUACUAAGGAUGGUCCCACAGAGCCCCUGGAGAAAGGCCUUUCUAAAGUGGAGGGUGAAGAGAAGAGAAUCCCAAAGUCUGCCAGUGCCCCCUCAGCACAUUUCUUUGACAGCAGUCAACUGGUCAGUGCCAGGAAGAAGCUUAAAAAAACUGCUGAAGGUUUGCAACGGAGAAGAGUGAGUUCACCAAUGGAUGAGGUACUGGCUUCCUUGAAACGUGGUAGUUUUCAUCUGAAAAAGGUUGAACAACGAACUCUGCCUCCUUUUCCUGAUGAAGAUGAUAGUAAUAACAUCUUGGCACAGAUAAGGAAAGGGGUAAAACUGAAGAAGGUACAAAAGGAAGUUUUGAGAGAGUCCUUCACGCUUUUGCCUGAUACAGACCCACUAACACGUAGCAUUCAUGAAGCACUUCGAAGAAUUAAAGAAGCGUCACCAGAAUCUGAGGAUGAAGAAGAGAGUUUGCCUUGCACAGAUUGGGAAAACUAACAUGUGACUUAAAGCCACUGAGAGGAAAAAUAAUGCCCACAGUUGAAGAUGCUCUUCCUGCUCCUUUGGGGAAAAUGUGUAAGCAGUUUGAUUGUGCAGUCUAGAGGGCACUACGUCUGUGUGCGGGAAGGGAAGUCAUUUUAUCGGUCAUCGUCACGUUUCUAUCCAUUCACGUGGAGGUGAAACAAAAUGAAUUUUAGGCGUGCGUUGUAUGUAAUUACAAUGAAGAGAAUGUGUCUGGGAUACGCUCUCCCAGUUCUUUGAAAAGCACUUUUUUCCCCAUUUACAUCAAUAGAAUGGCCAGUGAAAAGUUGGAAGAAUGUUUUGGCAUUGAUAUCUACUGUGAUUUUCUAUCGGGACUGCUUUGAAAUCUGCCCUUCGGUGCACUGAGAAAUCAUCUGCUUGAAAAACAGCUUCUUCCACUUCAGUUCCAUCCACAAACAGUUGAACAUUCUCUAAAAAGAGCAAAAGUCUCGUUUAUCCUCGUAGUUGUACGAUAGGAAUUCUAAGAAAUUCAGAUGGAAAAUCGACCCAAACUUCCAUAAUUGUUCAUCUCCAAAAGAAUUUCCAUAAAGAUGUCCAGUGACAUCUGACUAGAGAAGUAGAGUAAUCAUGGAGAUCCACAUAUUCGUAUUUAUUUGCAAUGACACGAUAUCCUUACUCUGGCACGUUUCUAGAAAGCCACCCAGUCACAGUCUUACACUUUGAAUGUCUUUGCAGUCAAACUGUCCGUGCGCUUUGAAACAUAAUUCUGUCCAUAAUUCUGAGUUGGUAGUCGUUUGAACUUUCUGUGCAACAUUCUUAGGAGAAGCAAUACUUUGUCAUUUGAUCGUAUUUCCAAUGCAUUUGAGUCUUUCUGUUGGAACGGUUACUUUUAUUAUUGUAGCUCAUGAAUUUUCUCUUUGGAAUCACAGGUGAAGAUCGAUUGCCUAGUGAGGCCCCAGGACACUGUGGCCUUCUCUCAAUUGGUUUGUGUGCUCCCAGGGACUUCCAAAAGUAGACACCUAUGGCAUAGCCUCCUCAGCUGACAGUUCACCACCUUCCAGUCCUCUGAAGGAAAACUGAGGAGCUGAAAACUAGUAGCUUUGAAGCCAUUUCUUUUUUGCCAUCCAUCCGGGCUACUAAAAGAUUCAUCUGUUCACAGUUGUGAAUCAUUAAGCAUCUCAAUUAGACUAAAUAGUUCGAAUCCUUCAGUCGAAUCUUUCUCUAUUAAGGGGAAUCUAUCUUGGCCCCUGUACAAAAAGAAUUGAACUCCUGCAGUCACAGAGGGCUCUUGCGAGAAGCCAAUCCUCUAAAAUCUUCCAGUGUUAAAGUACCAGGAUGCAGACGGCUACUCCUGUGCUAGUGAAUGGGGAAAAUGAUGGCCAUGCCCUCCUGACAAUUCCCAUUUCUUUUCGAAACAAUCAGGAGGGGGGGAGUGAGAGCCAACGGGGUCCUCUGGCAAAGGGCUUAGCUCAUUCCGAUGUCUUGGCUUUAAAAAAAGAACUUGUCCACUUGCAUAUUGAUCUUGCCAAGUAUUCUUUAUCGGUUGUUGAAGACUUUAGGGAAAUAUUUGGAAAGUGCUCAUGGUCAGCCUUUUUCCGAAGUGGCAUUCUUGUCAUUCAGGCCACAUUCUGCAGAUUCAUAUAUUCCCUAGGCAGAUGAGUAAAUUGAAUAUAUGACAUUUCGGUUAUCCUAGAAUCUUUAAACAAUUUUUAAAAAGUUAUUGCAUGACAGUAAAACAAUUAAAAAUCACUUUUUAAUGCAAAAAAUGUUUUGAGUUUAGAGAUACUGUUUUGGUUAGCAGCUUUGUAAACAAUUACAUAUAUGGAAUAAAAAGAACUCCCAUUUCAGCUGUACAAGUUUUCCUACCUUGGGACUUCCUGUCCUGGAAGUGAUCUCAUUUACUAAUACAUAGAACUAAGGAGAGACCCUUUUAAAUUAACAGCAGCGUGCACAUGGAACCUUUGGUGGGAUUAUUUCAUUUUAUGAAGCAGAAUUGGGCUUAAGGAACAUCCGUCUUCUGCCACAUUCAGAUACCAAAAGCACUUCAUUGUAAGGCAAUCUUAAUUAAGAGUUUCCAUUGCCAUUAGUGUGAUGCGCUCACAGCAAGGCUACAUUGCUUAUUAUCAAGUUGAUUUCCAAUGACGAGAUGACUGAGUCACUCCACCAAUUACUAAUAUAAUUUAUGUAAUUUUUUUUAAACAUGAAAUUUCAGGUCCCAACAGAGUUAAGCAAAAUUAUAUUCUUUCCUUCCUCAGCAAAAUGAUCCCCCAUUAAAAUAGGCUGAUUGUAUUGGCCUUCGCAUUAACCCUAUACAUACAUUGUAGCUGUGUUUAUAGAAUUUAUAAUAGCUACUUGCCACAUUGAAAAUGUUAUCUGAUUUACUCCUUUCCAAUUAAACCUCUGAUUCAAACAAUUUUAUUACUGUUAAUCUAUCAUGUUUCCAUAAUGAGAAUUAGAAGUUAAUAUGCAAUCUGAGCUGCCGUGCACUUAAAUGGGAAAGCAAAGUGUGGAUCGACUUUGGGGUGUUUGAAGGUCAACAUUACAGUUCCCCUAGAGUCCGUUUCAUGUUUUUCUCCUAUUCAUAGAAUUGAGCUUGUACACACAGCCAUGUACAGUGUAUAGAAAAAGCAUUCCUGAUGCUGCAUAAUCUUGGGGGUGCUCUCACAGUAUGGGGAAAUGUGCCUCGCUCGGGAGGCUUUUCAGCGAUGGUUAUCCUACUUGUUUGACAUACUUUGCAGACUUACUGAGCAUGUGAGCAGGAUAAAAAUAAUGAUUCCAAAGUUCCAUCCCCUCAACCUUGGAGCAGAAAUGUUUUUAUAAAGUACAUUUUGAAAAGAGCCACAAUAUAUUCUUUCAUGCCUUUCCAUUCCCAUGAAAUGAGAGCCCUUUCGUCCACUUUUGUGUAAUAGAAAUUAUCCCCUUGUUUAUUACAAGCUGAAUGAGAUGCAUAAUGACAGUAGAUGAUCUCGGGGUGCCAUAUACAAGGCCAUUUGCUGUAAAGCCAUCUCAAGCCAUGAGGAGUGAGCAUAUUGCUGCCAUCCCAGACACCAAGAGUUCAGUCAUAAGUAAAACAAAAGGAAGCCCAAAUGGAAGGACGGCAUUUGGACUUUGGAAUAGUCAGCAAAAGUUUUUAUACAUAUCUAUAAAAAGAUAUUUUAAAGUCAUUUUUUUCAUCUGUUAUGUUUGUAUAAGAUGAAGGUAGCUUUUUUAGCUUAGGGGAAGGUUUUCUUUCUGCUUGUGAUUUGGUUUUUUAUAAAACCCAAAACAAAACCCUGUUUUAAAGUUUUAUCAUCUAACCCACACAGUUAACAUCAUCUAUUUACUUGUAAAGAACUCUAGUGUCUUUAGAGACAAUAUCAGGGAUUGGGGGUUUCAGGGGAUGGCUUUACAGGGCCAUUUUGCUUUUAACAUGGUUUUCAUUUAGUAGAAUAUUUCAGAACUCUGGCAGAUGCAUUAUUGAGAUGCAACCAAUCCAUAAGAGACACCAUAAGCUUAAUUGUUGUUAACCUUUGUUCUCUUUGUUGCACUGAAUUAAGAUUAUAAUUUAUAAGGCUCUAUUUUCAUUUUAAACAGAUUUUAUUUUCUUUUAAGUAAUUAUAUUAUUCUGUUAUUUCUGGCAAAAUUCCCCAAAGCAAUGAAAGACAAAACUUUAUGCAUAGCAUUAGAGAGUUGAUAUCUUACAAAGCAGUGAGAGUCAUUUCAGAAAAAGGAGGGAGGUCAAAGUGGAAGCACCUUACCAGUGGAGCACAUUGCAUUCAUUGUGAACUGCUGGCAGAUACAGAAGUUACCUUGUGAACUUCGUUGCAAAGUGUUGUCUAGCUCAAGCACACUGACAGAUGUCACUGAUUAAAUUAGUUGCUCUGUAAAAGGAAGCAGUGAAUAUUUUCUAGCCUAUAAAUAGAGUGUAAUUUAAGAAGUUUUCCUAUAAAAUGAGUUUCUAUUGCUGCCUAAACUGUCAUGUAUGGAAACAGGUUUUUAAAGGUGGGAGGAGAUGCCAGUCUAUUUCCUGGUUUGGUUUUUAUACAUGUUCUUGUGUGUGCACACACGUGCGCACACCUAUAUCUGUUGUUUGUCUCAUGUCUAGAGUUAUUUUUAAAGGUCUCUUCAUUCCAGAUUCCUGAAUUUGGCCAACAGUGUUUACACCUUGGAAUCUGUAGGAAAUCAUUGUGAUUUCAUUUUAACAAAGUAAAUCUUUCAUCAUCAAUUGGCGUCGAGGAAUUCCAUAAUCACUGAACAAAUGUUCUUCCCUUCUACAAUUCCCUUAAAAUGCUUGUUUGGAAAAUGUCGGAUGUUGACACCUGGCAAUUGUUACCAGAUUUGUGGUUCCACUGAGUGUACGUACGGGGGAAUGUCGUGUAUCAUUUGUUCAGAAACAAAGGGUUAAAGUCACUUUUUAGAAGACAUGCAUGUUCUCUCUCCUUGGUUGAUUGUGAAAGGGCACAACAAUUAUUACUAUUCUAACUUCUCACAAGAUCUUCUCAUUUUUAAGAAGUCACCCCAGGCAGGAAACGGGGAUUCCCCCAGUUGUGAAGCCAGAGACUCAGACAAUUUGACCCGUACCGUGAACUCUUGACCUUUGAUUAUCUCCACAGCCCAUCGUACUGUAUGUCUUGCCAAGUGUGAAACCACAAUACGCAGUUUAUGAAGAAUAGAAAGCUACCGAUCAUUUUGCAUGAGUGCAGCUCAUUAGGGUUAAUUAAACUGGCAUUUUUCAGCCUGUCUGGAUAAAUGAAAAUUCUAAUGGCAAAUUGAUCCAUCCUUCACUAGCUUUGUGCAAUAUUAUAAAAGUAGGGGAAAAAACACACUAGCACAUUGUGCUUGGCUUUAAGAAGUUCCUUAACAGUUGCAUUUGAGUGGACAUUUUAAAUGCACAUUGUAUUGUAAAUGCCAACUCUCGCAAAUUUACAAUACUUCAUAAUAGUCGACAUUCUAAAGUAUUAAGUAACAGCGUAAAGAAAAAAACUAAGCAAGCAUUUAGAGCAAUACUAUGAAAUCUCCAAUAAUUGUUUUGACUGUUGCCUUUUUCUUUUUCUUUCGUGCAACUUUUCUGCAAUGUAAUUAUUGUAUUGCUUUAUCUUUCAUGUUUUUUACACUCAUAACUUCAAAGGUAAAAUAUUCUACACCAAGUACUGCAAUCACUUUUCUCUUCUUGUACAUGCAAUGUAACAACAUACAGUUUUGGUGCUUAACAAUAUUCUUUUUUUUCUUUAAUAAAGGAUAUUUAUUUGAA